AUGUUGCCGCAGACUCGAAACAUUCAUGAGAAUUUCUUGAGCGACCAAAGGGUGCGUUCCCCUGGAUUACUACUACAACUGGGAAUUGAAUAUCAUUACGCUCAUACUCGUAAACUACUUCCCUAUUCCUACCAUUCCCUCAACCAGUUGUGUAAAGUAUUAAAAUUGGAAAUGAAUGGCGGUAGAAGUCGUGAAAGAAAUGAUGUCAUCCACUAUAUAAAUGACUUUUUGAGGUUUACGUUGGUCCGGUUUUUUUUUAAAUCGAAUGAUAAGAUUGUUAUAUCAUCUGCGAAUGUUAUGCAGCCUUGA